AUGAAAUAAAACUAGCCUUAAGUUAAAAAAGUUUCUAAUGGAUAGGGAUCUGCGUAAAAUAAUCUUUAGCUAGAAUAAGUGAAUGAAAUAAUGGAUAGAAUAUCUUCAACAAUCAAGGAUAAAAUCAACACUGAGGCAAUAUAUUACUUGAUUUGUAUAAUCAGCACAAUCACAUAAUACUUUAGCAUUUAUAAGUUAAAUGUGUAUAUCUUCAACUUCAAGCUCUUCUUUUACUCAAUACUUGUUAUGACUCGCAGAUUUAUUAGUCGAAUUAUUAAAGCCAGAGAAGCUUCUGAUCCAUUAAAACUUAGACCAUCAACUUCUAUUUUUAUAGUGAUUCAUGCAGCAAUAAUAUUCAACAUCUUAUAUCUUUGCAUACGUUUAUGGCAGGAAACAUAUUCAUAUACAUCAAUAAUCUUUCUAGCAUACUAUCACCUGAUAUAUUUUAAAUAUGGGACAAGUGUUACAGAGUAAGAGCAUUAGUUUGGUUUUAAUCAUGAUCUUAAUUUCUACUUUAAAGUUAUUGCUAUCAAAUUGAGUGAAAUUAUUUAUUUUUCAUGCUUGCUACCUUACAAGUGCUUAGAUGAAGAUAUCAACUAUGACUAUUUUACUUCUAUGGUGAUUGCAGCUAUAACAACCUUAAAUUUAAUGCUAUUUUUUGCAAUGGAAAUAUUUGUGAACAUUGGUCUAUUAAAUAAGCUAUAGGCUAAAAAAUUAGGUUGUUGGAAAUAAAUUUCUGAACAAGAAGCAAAAGCUUAAUAGAAUUUUUAUGAAUGGAAAGAAAAUUAACCAUAUAAAAGAAAUGUAGUUGUUAGCUUUUAAGAUAAAUGGUAUAGAUCGAUAGGAAAGACAAAUCUCUCUUAGCCAGGAAGUUUUAAAAAUACAAUCUUUUAUCUAAUUUUCCACAAGGUAAAGAAAUCAAGAAAAGCUUUAAUUAUACUUUCGGGAUUUCUAAUGGUAUUUUAGGAUUUUAUGAUUCUCAAAACAAAGAAUCCUGUGACAUAUGCCCUUACUUUGAUCUAAACUCUAAUAGUUUCAGGUUUUCUGAUUAUUCAAAAUAGAAAAUUAUCUCAAAAUUUCAAUUGA